AUGGCGGCAAUGGAGACUAUCUACUCUGCUACUUAUAGCAGUGUCCCGGUGUACGAGUUCAAAAUCGAUGGCGACAGUGUGAUGCGACGGAGGGCUGAUGACUGGGUUAAUGCAACACAUAUUUUGAAGGCUGCUGGCUUUGAUAAGCCCGCGAGAACUCGAAUCCUCGAGCGAGAGGUGCAGAAGGGUGUGCAUGAAAAAGUACAAGGCGGUUACGGCAAAUACCAGGGAACAUGGAUCCCACUACCGGAAGCCCGCAUGCUUGCAGAACGAAACAAUAUAUUCACCAAACUAGCUCCUAUCUUUGAAUAUGUCGCUGGAGACCAGAGUCCACCGCCAGCACCAAAACACUCCUCGGCUCCCUCGAAGCCGAGGGCACCACGGAAAUCUACCAACCGCACUGCUGCAGCAGAGAUUUUUAAUGUUGUACAGCCACAGCGGAGCAUGGGCCCCCCGACCCUCCCUCACGAACAAUAUGAGAUGAGCGCUGGGUUCGAUGACAACGAGUCAAUUGAACAAGCAACCAUUGAAUCAUCCUCCAUGGUCGCAGAUGAAGACAUGCUUCAAAUGUCCCAGCAUGGAGGUCGCAAGCGCAAGCGAGGAGUGAAUGAGGCAUCUGUCAUGUCCAUUAGCGAGCAGGAGCAUAUCAUCUAUGGUGACCAGCUCUUGGACUAUUUUAUGACCGUGGGCGAUGCUCCUCAGGCCACGCGCAUUCAGCCUCCAGAGCCACCCGCACAAUUCCAAGUUGAUCGUGCCAUUGAUGAUUCGGGAAAUACGGCCUUGCACUGGGCUUGUGCGAUGGGUGACCUGGUAAUUGUGCAGGAUCUCCUGCGUAGAGGGGCUAAUAUGAAAGUUUUGUCUAUUCACGAAGAAACCCCGCUCGUGCGAGCUGUUCUGUUCACUAAUAACUAUGAGAAGCGCACAUUCCCGGCUUUGUUAGAUAUGCUCUUGGAUACCAUCUCAUUUAGAGACUGGUUUGGUGCGACGCUGUUUCAUCAUAUUUCCGAAACUACCAGAAGCAAGGGCAAGUGGAAGAGUUCGAGGUACUACUGCGAGGUUACUCUUGACAAAUUAUGCAAAUCUUGUUCGCAAGACGAGAUUGAUUUAUUGUUGUCAUGUCAGGACGACAACGGCGACACCGCUGUGUUGGUGGCUGCACGCAACGGCGCAUUUCGACUAGUCAAUAUGCUCCUUACCCAUUGUCCUCGCGCCGGCGACCUCAUGAACAAGAAGGGGGAGACGGCCACCAGCAUCACUCAACGUUUUCACCACGCAGACCACGAUAUCCCACCAGCCCCGUCCUCUGUCACCAUGGCCAAUGAUCAGAUUGAUGGCCUUGGAGGCGAUCUUAUGCCUUCGGAUCGCCAUUCGGUUGCGCCGCCGGUCGAUUCCGCGGUCACCUCCGAGCUGCUCUCAAAGAUUGGCACCAUCAUGUCUGAGGCAAACAAGAGACUCGCCGUAACCUACGGCAAUUCCAAGAUAACCCACCAAGACUCCAACGACAUCGCCAACCCGGAGGCCCUGUACGAACAACUGGAAUCAGAUCGCCAAAAGAUUCAGAAACAAGUGGCCGCACUGGCUGCAAAGGAGGCAGAGCUUGAGCCCAGCGACAUCCAGCUUGAACGAUACGAGAAGCUGCGGGCUCACUAUGAGUCUCUCCUCGAGCAGAUGCAACAUGCCCGUCUUUCGUCGCAGCUGAGCAACGGCGCCCCUGCCGAGACCCCGAAGCCCGAUCCAUCUUCUCUCAGUCAGCAGGAGCUGAUAGAGCGGUUCACCCUUGCUCGCGCCCUGAUCACAGCCCAAAAGACGCGUCGUGAUGCGGUCAAAGACCUUGCACAGCAGACCGCCGAUGCGGGCGUGAGCACCAAGUUUGACGUCCACCGUAAACUUGUGGCCCUGGCCACCGGUCUCAAGGAAGAAGAGCUUGACCCGAUGGCAGCCGAGCUGGCUGAGACCCUGGAAUUCGACCGCAUGAACGGCAAAGGCGCGUCGCCCGAGCCGGAGCUGCGGCAGCUGCCGUCCCAGAACAACUCAGCUACACUUCCCGCUGGGGAUGGCGUUUCAGUGGUGGAUGCCUAA